UUCAUAAAAAUUAUAAGUCACACACCGUUAAUAACUUCAUAGGGAAGUGUUGUGUUGCAUUUGUUUUAAUUGUACAAACAAGCUUUAAACAUGUACUUAUUGCUCGUUAACACCAUCGUCGUCGUGAUUGCCAUGGAGUUUACACAGGGUCAACAGUCAUUUGAGCUUCUACCUCACUCCACUGUACUUGCUGGUUCCAAUGUGACUCUUGUCUGCACGGUGCAAAAUUUCCAUAACAACAUAACUAACAUCUCUUUAUAUUGGAGUAGGCCUAAUUACCCUGUAAACACUACUAAGCCAAUUGUUAGCUGUGGUCCUAAUGAGACACUAGAGAUAGCAGGUACAAUGGUCUGCAACUUGACUCUAGAGUCAGUUGAAGAGUCUUCGGGCGGAGAGUAUACUUGUGAUGGAGUUGUUGGUGGCGUCCAUUUCACGAGCAGUAAAGAGUUGCAUGUAGUCCCAUAUCCUACUGUUGAGCUGCAAGACCCAUGCAAUGUCUGGCACCAAGUUGACAACAUUGAACCUGGACCCAUCUGCGUACGAACUACAAGAAGCAACCUCUUAUUCAACUGCAAUGUUUACAACAUCACAGAUGGUGCCUCAACUAUCACAUGGACAAUCAAUGGGGAUGAGGUCAUUGGGGACGAGGUUUAUGUGACGUCAGCUGUGACCCCGGGGAACGGUCAAGAUGGAUUGAUUGACACGAGCAAUAGCCUGGAUGUAGCGCACUGGGCGGAUCAAUAUCAAGAUGAAGUGAUUAACGUCACGUGUCAUUUCAGUGGUUAUAUGAACAUUGAGCCAUUGGAAGUCACCGCUCAAGUCAAGUUCUAUUACGUUGGAGCGUUGGUGGCGGUCUUGAUCGCCGUUUGUGUUCUUCCACCGUUCGUUAUGAUGGUUGUCUGUUGCUGUUUACGGAGGAGACGUUUACGUUUAACGCAACCUAGUUUAAAGGACAACCAAGGGACUGCUGCAGCUGAAGAUGGUGGGUAUUUAGUACCUACCAGCCGAGCAGUGCGACCCAAACUGCCUAAACAAGAGGAACAUGCUAAGAAACAAGAAGGGAACCAACAACGUGAUAUUCUAUUGAGUGAUAUGACAGUAGAGGGCGUCUAUGUCGUAACUCCAGAGGUUAAGGCUUCGAUGGCAGCAACAAAGAAGAAGAAGAAGAAGGAGAGUAGAUACGACAACCUCGGUCCCGACCUUUCAUUCCCAAGAAACCGGUUGACCAUUGAGGGGGACCUCGGUAGUGGAGCGUUUGGGAAGGUUCUACUCGGCACAGCGACUGGGAUCGAGCAAUCUACGUCAAGAACGAAAGUAGCGGUCAAGACUCUCAAAGAGGGCGCUGAUCGCUUUGCAAGGACUGAGCUGCUACAAGAACUGGAGUUGAUGAAAAAAAUACCAUACCAUCCCAACGUGGUCGGAUUAUUGGGCUACUGCAUUGACAUAGACCCAAUUUAUGUCAUUGUUGAAUACCUAGCCAAGGGUGACCUUAAGAUGGUCCUGAUUGACCUGCGAUCUGAAGAUACCGAAAGGCAAUACUGCAACUUAAUGGAGAACUCUCUCUCCAAGACGUUGAUUAGGUUUGCUAGAGAUGUGGCGUGUGGAAUGGCAUUCCUUGCUUCACAAAAGUGUAUCCAUCGCGACUUGGCUGCCCGUAAUGUACUGGUUGGAGACGACAUGGAAUGCAAAGUAUCUGACUUCGGACUGGCCCGUGACGUCAUGAAUAUUCGGGUUUACCAGCGUCAGUCACAGGGACCGCUCCCAAUGCGUUGGAUGGCUUUGGAAUCCAUUCUUGAUGACGUAUAUACAACAGAGAGUGACGUAUGGUCUUUUGGGAUCCUUCUAUGGGAAAUUACCACGUUAGGUGCCAGACCAUACCCACUGAUGGGUGCCAAGAAGGUGCUACGUAAAAUUAAGAGAGGAUAUCGAAUGCCGAUACCAAUUGGCUGCAUGUGUGAAAUGUAUGAAAUGAUGCUAGACUGCUGGCGUGACGUUCCUUCUAAAAGACCGAGCUUCCAGAAUAUCUACGAUCGAUUGACCGAGUUUCUAAACGAUGACCAGCAUUGCAUCGCCACCGAUGAAUUCGAGAGGUCCAACGAUGAAUUCGUUAUGACUAUCGACAUGAUGGAAAAAGUGUAACUUCUGAUCGUCACAUGAGAUUUAAAUUAAAACACAUGAGAUCGCACAAGUGAUGAAAUUCGGGGUUCAAGGUUCAUGGUUCAUUUAUUUUCCACAGUAUCACCAAAAAAUGACGUUAUCAUUCAAGAGCGACCAGUUUAAAGGCAGUGGACACUAUUGCUAAUUACUCAAAAUAAUUAUUAUCAUAAAACCUUACUCGGUGACGAGUA